UGUACACCCAAACCUGCAUGUCCUAAUUACCUGCUGUCAUUCAAAGAACCGUGUCGUGGGGGCUCAGCCAGUGAGCAGUCUGUGCACAACAUGAAGCGUGACGCCGGUGCUCCCCUCUCGGUUCAAAAGCCAAAUCGCAACUGCACUUCUCUCACAGCAAGGCAAUCAGGCAUGUCCGCAACCCCACCGAUGCAACCCGCGCCAGCCGCUUCUUCGAAGCCCAAGGAUAGCCUAGACAUGGAUUCAGCGUCGAGAACACCAGUGAGAGGUGGAUAUGCACGGUUGGCACGUUUUAUGGGAGAUGUACCCAACGCGGCCAUCUUCCGACGGUUCACGCACCUGUCAGCUGAGGUCCUCUUGCACUAUCAAUCGGAGUUAUGCGACCUAGAGGCGGAGCUCAAAAGAGUUCAAGAGGAAGAUCAUCUAUCAACAGACAUUCGGAAAUUCUACUCAUCUUCGUCGCAAUUAAUGCGAGAGUCCGAAUAUUGUUACCAAGACGACAGUAGCGACACUGACAGCAUCGUUGAGCCGGGCGACGAGAAUGAUCCAGACAACGAAGACAAAUGCAAAUCUGGGGAUCGUGGCAACAUCAAUGACCAUAAGGACCCUAGCGGUGAUAAUGAUGGCGAUGUGAUCAGAGAUGAGCAUAAGGCUCAGAGGGCACAGUGGCUUCUGUUGAAACGAAUCCGCGAGGUGACUAGAGACUACUAUUCAGCACUUGCACUCCAUCAACAGAUCGCAAGCCUAAAGAAGCCCCAUCCUGUCUCUCUAGAUGCGUUGAGAACAUACAUGCGGCGACCCUCCAUGGGCAACAUGAGGCUGCUGGGACAGGAUGGCAAGAUCUGGGAGAGUUCCGCGAUCGAUGAACUCGUUUCGAUAGAAGCCCCAAACGAGGAUGGCAGCGCGAUGCCGGGAUCCACAUUGACCCUGCUCAAGAUCUACCAUGACUUCGUUGGACGACAUCUACACGUAUGUGAUCAUGAUACUAUUAUUGUGGCUAUGGCUUCUUGGAGCGAAGGGUGCUGACCAGGUUCGCGACAGAAAAAAGACAGGACAGAGGAAUCACCAGACCAUUUACAAAACACCAUUGUAUAUGGCGACGGAUUUGGGCAUUUCUUACGCCUUGGCAAAGCGCUCCUCGCUUCAAUGUUUCCUGUUCUGAGUAUCAUGCUCCUCUACUUGGUCAACUCGCCAGCAGCCAAACUGGGAGUCAUUGCA